CCACGCAGGAUACUCACAUCCUCACACGUGCACACAUACAUCUACACACAUACACACACUGAUACACAAACCAGGCAGACCUGGAAAACCGGGGCGCUUCAAUUAGCGUUCCUCCGACGGAUCCCUGGCGUGGACAUUUUUCAUUUUUUUCCUCUCAGCCUCCGUGGAAUUUUCUCAUGUGUGUUUUUCUUUGCGCAUAGAGCGUGGACGCAGCUGAGGUGUGUUUGAGAAAUUGGGCUAUUUCGGAGAUUAUAGAAUAAACGCUCGUUGAAUGGGAAACACCAACACAGAGGCACUGCUACCUUUCCCUCAUCUCGACAAACAGGCUCACUCUUCAGUUGGUGAGAUUUGCGCACCCGAGACCGGAGCCGGUGUCUGCGCUCUGCCGGGCCGGGCGCGAGUCGUCAGGGAGGAGUAGGCAGGAUGGAGGCGUUUUUUGCAGAGGGUGCCCGCGUUUGGGUCAGGGAGAAGGAGCAGCUGCUUCCAGCCACCGUCAACUCCUGUGGAGAUGGAACCCUUGUGGUCACAACAGAUUAUGGGGAGGUGUUUUACUUGCAGCAGGCCGAGGUCACCAGGGAGCGAGUGUACGCUAUGCACCAGUCAAGCAUCGAUGGGGUGGAGGACAUGUCAGCACUGGCGGAGCUGCACGAAGCCGCUAUCAUGCACAACCUUUACCAACGCUACCAGAAGGAUUGCAUCUAUACUAACAUCGGCAGCAUCCUGGCAGCUGUCAACCCAUACAAGCAGAUCCCUGGUCUGUAUGACCUAGAGAGGGUGGACUUGUACUCCAAGCACCAUCUGGGGGAACUCCCUCCACACAUUUUUGCUAUAGCCAAUGAAUGCUACCGCUGCAUCUGGAAACGCCACGACAGCCAGUGCAUCCUCAUCAGUGGGGAAUCAGGAGCAGGGAAGACUGAAAGCACCAAACUGCUGUUGCAGUUUCUGUCGGUGAUGAGCCAGAACUCAGCUGGAACUCCUCCCUCAGAGAAAAGCACGCGUGUGGAGCAAGCCAUCGUACAGAGCAGUCCCAUCAUGGAAGCUUUUGGUAAUGCUAAGACUGUUUACAACAACAACUCCAGUCGCUUUGGGAAGUUCAUCCAACUUCACUUCUCUGAGAGUGGCAACAUCCAAGGAGGCUGUGUCAUAGAUUAUUUACUUGAAAAGAACCGCGUGGUACGACAAAACCCCGGAGAGCGAAACUACCACAUCUUCUACGCUCUGCUGGCAGGAGCUAGUAAAGAGCAAAAAAGCCUCUACUUCCUGGAGGAUCCCGCUGAAUCUUACCACUACCUCAGCCAAUCAGGAUGUCUUAAGGACAAGAGUCUAAAUGACAAAGAGCUGUUUAACAGUGUUAUGGAGGCGCUGAAGGUCUUGGAGUUUACGGAGGACGAGAUCAGAGACAUGUUUAAGCUGCUGUCGGGAGUCUUACAACUUGGCAACAUUGAGUUCAUGACUGCAGGAGGAGCUCAGAUCACCACCAAGCAAGUGGUUACCGAUGCCAGUGAGCUGUUGGGACUGGAUGCCUUCCAGCUGUCUGAAGUCAUGACUCAGCGCUCCAUAAUCCUCAGAGGAGAGGAAAUCUGUUCCCCACUUACUAUUGAGCAGGCUAUUGAUUCUCGGGACUCUGUCGCCAUGGCAUUAUACUCCCAGUGUUUCUCCUGGAUCAUCCUCAAGAUUAAUCAGAAGAUUAAAGGGAAGGAAAACUUCAAAUCCAUUGGCAUCCUUGACAUCUUUGGCUUUGAGAACUUUGAGGUCAACCGGUUUGAGCAGUUUAACAUCAAUUAUGCCAACGAGAAGCUUCAGGAGUACUUCAACAAGCACAUCUUCUCUCUGGAGCAGCUGGAGUACAACCGGGAAGGUGUUCAGUGGGAAGCAAUUGAUUGGAUGGACAAUGCAGAGUGUCUUGACCUCAUAGAGAAGAAACUGGGCUUGUUGGCACUAGUGAAUGAAGAGAGCCGAUUCCCCAAAGGAACAGACUUCACUCUGCUGGAGAAGUUGCACAGCCGACACUCUACAAACCCUUACUAUGUCAAGCCCAGACUUGCUGAUCAUCAGUUUGGUAUCAAACAUUAUGCUGGAGAGGUCCUCUAUGAUGUCAGAGGAAUCCUGGAGAAGAACAGAGACACAUUCAGAGAUGACAUCCUGAACAUGCUCAAGGACAGCAGACUGGACUUCAUCUACGACUUGUUUGAAAAGGUCGGCAGCAGGAACAAUGAGGAGAAGAUGGGAACAGCCCGACGUAAACCUACAGUGAGCUCCCAGUUCAGGGACUCUCUUCACGCUCUUAUGGCCACUCUGAGUGUUUCCAAUCCUUUCUUCAUUCGCUGCAUUAAGCCCAACAUGGAAAAGACUCCAAAUGUGUUUGACCCGGAGGUCGUGCUGAAUCAGCUGAGGUAUUCUGGGAUGUUGGAGACCGUGAAGAUCCGUCGUGCUGGCUUCCCAGUUCGCAGAACAUUCAAAGAUUUCUUCUCUCGUUAUAAGAUCAUUCUGAAAGAAAAGGUGCCGACAGCAGGAGAUGAUAAGAAGAGAACCACAGACCUUCUAACCAAAUAUGAUAAGACCAAGAAGGAGUGGCAGUUAGGCAAGACUAAGGUGUUCAUGAAGGAGUCUUUGGAGCAGCGGUUAGAGAAAGACAGAGAUGAAGUCCGCCGCCAAGCCGCCAUGAUAAUCCGAGCCCACCUACUCACUUUUUCUGCUAAGAAGCACUUCAAACGUGCACGUGCCAGCGUCGUCACCCUCCAGAAACACUUACGAAGGCACAUCCAACGCAAACGGUUUGUGAAGCAGCGCAAGGCAGCGGUGGUGCUGCAGAAACACCGACGAGGUCAGGUGGCGCGUGCUCACGUUCGAAAACUGAGAGGGGAAAAGAAGAAGAAGGAGGAAGAGCAAAAGACGAAGGAGGAAGAGGAGAAGGAGAAAACGCUGGGCGAAGGGGAGACGGAGGAAGCGGAGGGAGCAGAGACAAAGGAUGAAACUCGCCAAAUGGAGGAGAUCCUGCAGCUCGAGAGAGAGAUUGAGCGCUUGCAGAAGAAGAGGGAGGAUGAAGUGUCGCAGCUCUGUGAGUCGUCCAAGCAGGAGCUGCAGCUGCGCCGGGACGCUGAGCUCAAGCGGAUGAAAAAGGAGGCAUCGCGCAAGGCCACCGAGCUCAUCGACCUCCUGAACUUUGGAGGUGUUGAUCCCUCACUGGGAGCAGUCGGGACUAAGCCCGCUGCUGAGGUGAAAGCUCCAAAAGGUGCCAGCACCACCAGAGGAGCAUCCAAAGAAGAGGAUGUAGACGAAGGCUUUCAUGCUGAGGAGGAGUGUAUCCCCUUGCCUGACUUCCCUCCCCCUGCUGAGACAGAUGCUCCUGUGGAUCAGGACAUAUUUGGCCAACUCCCUCCUCCGCCACCUGCCUUUGCAGAGGGAACAGUGCCCCCUGCACCACCUCCUCCGCCCCCCCUUCCCUCAGACGGCAUGCUUGCGGGUGGAAUUCCUCCUCCUCCUCCCCUCCCUCCGCCCGGAGAUGGCACCACUGUGCCUCCACCACCGCCUCCACCGGGAGAGGAGGAGAAGAAAGAGCCAGAAAGGAAAGUGAGCAUGGUGGAGAGCCUCGUAGAUGGCGAGGAGCCGAUCUACAGCAUGCCGGCCGACACAGAAUCAGAUUACGACCAAGAAGAGGAGGAGGGGUCAGUCACCGCCGGAGACGACAGCUCUGUGUCGGGAAGCAACCGAGGGAGCGCGGCUGUGACGGACGAGGAACACCCCAGGAAGUCGACCUGCACCAACGCCAGCAUCGAGUCCUACAGAGGCAGCUCUGACUCUUAUGCAGACAGUGAUGAUGAACAUGAUGGCAUGAUGGACACUGAUGAAGAAGUGACAAAUGGCAGGGUGACUUUGCUCAAUGGAAAUGGGCCACCAUAUUUCCACGGCUACCUAUACAUGAAGGCUGGUCUCAUGAUCCCAUGGAGGAGGCGCUGGUGCGUGUUAAAGGACGAGACCUUCAUGUGGUUCCGGUCCAAACAAGAGUCUCUGAAGUCGGGCUGGCUCUACAAGAAAGGAGGAGGACUGUCCACUCUGUCACGGAGGAAUUGGAAGAUGCGCUGGUUUGUUCUGAGGGACAGCAAGCUAAUGUACUAUGACAACGACAGUGAGGAGAAGCUCAAGGGAACCAUCGACAUCCGAGCAGCCAAGGAGAUUGUGGAUAACCAUGAAAAGGAGAACGCUCUGAACAUUGUGACAGAUGAGAGGACAUACCAAGUGUUCGCAGAGUCGCCAGAGGAUGCGAGUGGGUGGUUCAACGUGCUCAGUAAGGUUCGAGUGUGCACUCCCGAGCAGCUGCUGGAGAUGUCCCAUGAACAGGCCAACCCCAAAAAUGCUGUGGGAACUCUUGAUGUGGGAUUGAUUGACUCAGUUUGUGCAUCAGACAACCCUGAUCGGCCAAACUCUUUCGUCAUCAUUACGGCCAAUCGUGUGAUCCACUGCAACAGCGACACACCAGAGGAGAUGCAUCACUGGAUCAGUCUGCUGCAGAAACCCAAAGGAGACGCCAGGAUAGAUGGACAGGAGUUCCUUGUCAGAGGGUGGCUCCAAAAGGAGAUGAAGACAAAUGCCAAGAGCACCUCCCUUAAGCUGAAGAAGCGCUGGUUUGUUUUAACCCACAACUCCCUGGAUUACUACAAGAGCUCAGAGAAAAACUCCUCCAAGAUGGGAACUCUGGUCCUUAACUCCCUCUGUUCUGUCAUUCAGCCGGAUGAACGAGUGCACAGGGAGACAGGCUACUGGAACAUCAUCGUGUACGGGAGGAAGCAUUCCUACCGUCUUUAUACUAAGAUGCUGAAUGAAGCCAUGAGGUGGACAGCUGCUAUACAGGGAGUCAUAGACAGCAAGACCCCAAUAGAAACACCAACUCUGCAGCUCAUCAGAGACAUCAAGGAAAAUAGUGUGAACCCAGAAAUAGUGGAGCAGAUGUACAGGAGGAACCCCAUCCUCAGAUACACACAGCAUCCUCUGCACGCGCCUCUACUGCCCCUCCCUUACGGAGAGGUCACCAGCUUACAAAGGCAGCAGGGUUACGCCAGUCUGCAGGAUGAGGCCGUGCGAGUUUUCAACUCACUACAGGAGAUGGAGACACUGGCAGACACGGUGCCCAUCAUUCAGGGCAUCCUGCAGACCUGUCAGGACCUGCGCCCUCUCAGGGAUGAGGUUUAUUGCCAGGUGAUCAAGCAGACCAAUCAUGUGCCUCAGCCUAACAGUCCAGCCAAUCGUGCACACUGGCAUCUGCUCACCUGCAUGAGCUGCACCUUCCUACCCAGUCGAGCCAUCCUCAGAUACCUCCGCUUCCACCUCAAGAGGAUACGUGAGCGUUAUCCAGGUGCGGAGAUUGAGCGGUAUGCCACCUUCAUUGGAGAAUCCCUGAAGAAGACCAAAACUCGUGAGUUUGUUCCCUCUCAAGAGGAGAUCGCCGCCCUGCUGCUGAGGCAGGAGAUGAGCACUACUGUCUACUGCCAUGGAGGAGGUUCCUGCAAGAUCUCCAUCAACUCACACACCACUGCUGGAGAGGUUGUAGAGAAGCUGAUCAGAGGUCUGGCCAUGGAGGAAAGCAAGAAUUUGUUUUCUCUGUUUGAGCACAACAGCUUCACAGACCGAGCUCUGGAGAGCAGAGUGAUUGUGGCAGAUGUUCUGGCCAAGUUCGAGAGACUGGCAGGCAGUGAAGAAGAGGAGGAGGAAGGAGAAUGGAAACUCUACUUUAAACUGUACUGUUUCUUGGAUGUAGAGAGCAUGCCCAAAGAGGGAGUGGAGUUUGCUUUCAUGUUUGAACAGGCGCACGAAUCUUUGAUAAGUGGUCACUUCCCGGCCUCGGAGGAAACGCUGCAGCACCUGGCCGCUUUACGUCUUCAGUAUCUCCACGGUGAUGGGGCAGGUCGAGCCGGGUGGAGCCUGGGGAGCGUCUACCCAAUUGGACGUCUGCGCAACCGCAUUUUGCACUCCACCAAACCGGGUGUGGGGGUGGCAGGUGGAGCUGGAGGGGCUGGAGGUGUUGGAGCUGUAGAUGGAAAAGGCGUGGCAGUAGGACAAGGUGGUGUCGGGACUGGCGUAGAGAAACGAAAGACUCCAAGCUUCCUGGAUGGCACCCUCAGGAGAAGUUUCAAGACUGGUUCACUGAAGAAGCAGAAGAUGGAGGAUGAGCAAAUGCUUGAGAUGUGGGUGAAGGAGGAGACGUCUGCCACACGGACCAGCGUGCUCGAGAAGUGGACUCGUCUGCAGGGCAUGCCGCAGCAUCAGGCCAUGCUGAAAUACAUGAGCAUCAUUAAGGAGUGGCCAGGAUAUGGCUCCACUCUAUUUGAUGUGGAGUGUAAAGAGGGAGGUUUUCCUCAUGAUCUGUGGCUGGGUGUGAGCGCUGACAACGUGUCUGUGUAUAAACGAGGAGAACCCAAACCGCUCGAGACCUUCCAGUACGAACACAUCACCUUCUUCGGAGCGUCACAGCCCUGCACCUACAAGAUCAUCGUGGAUGAGAGGGAGAUGUACUUUGAGACUCCACUGGUCGGCGAGAUCACCAAGAUUAUGCGGGCCUACAUCAACAUGAUGGUGAAGAAACGCUGCAGCAUCAUGUCUGUGUCCAGUGUUGCCAGUGCCUGGGUCAGGUGAUCUCUCCCAGCCAGUCAAAGCUCUUCGUUCAUCCAUCUAGUGACACCAGACGCCUUGGCUCCUUUCAUUGGUUGGUUGUGUUUUAUAAAGGGCAGUUGCACCAACCAGCUCAACCUCCCAAGUUGAAUAAUGAGCAGGGAAUGAGCAUCAAUUACAAAAAUGGGGGAAACACACAGAAGCCAAAUGCACACUCAACUGGCCUGGAGAUCUAUUAAUAACGUAACAUGAAAUAGCAUGAAAAAAAACUGUUUUGGGGGGCUGUCCCAUCAAAUACAUAACCCUCAGCGGUAGUCCUGCAUGUAGAUGUUCAAGCACACACCAAACUCUCCGUUUUUGGACAAAUUCAGAAACAACAAGCACAAAGCAGCCACCCAGUCCCAGUCAGCCCCAGGUGGCUCCUCCAACCUCCAUUGCACUGCCAGACAGAAGAAAGCCACACUUUCUCAGUUUUGUUAGUUUCUAUCUCACUUCUCCUCUAAUUUCCGAGUCUCUCUCUUUCUCUUUAUAUAUCCUCACUCUUUGUUUGCGGUUGCUGUUAAGUUAAAAUGCUAAAUUCUUGUUCUUGCUUGCUUUCUCUGUCUGUUAUCGAUAAUAUCAGCUCUGUCACGUCUGAGGAAAAGGACUCGGUGAUUCGUCACCAAACCACAUAGUGUUCACCUGCUCACUCGUCAGCGCCACUGUGUGGCCACAAGAAGAAAACUCAGCCAAAGGAAGCGGCUUUAAGUAUUUAAAAAAAAAACAUCUUAUAAAUAUUCCAGAGAAGAAAGAUUUACUUUGGAUGCUCUCCAAAGUAUGUGCAUGGCUAAGAGCCUCACUUGGCUCUGCAAGAACAAUAUCCAGAACAAUGGCCAGAAAAAACCCCAACAAACGUUCCCCUAUUUAUGUCUACAUGUCACACAAGCUGGAUAAAUGUGUAUAUUCGCCUACGUGCACACAUAAACUGAACAAACAUGUAUCAUUUUGUAUCGUAUAUCACGCAUUAUAAUAAGAAUUAUUGUUACAUUUUUGGUGGCCACUGCACUGUACAGUAUAUAAAUGCCAUACUAAAUGCAAUGUGACACCUGCCAUGUAAGAUACAUGCAAGUGAUUGGUGUUAAUAAUGACCACUGUAUGUCUGAAUAUGAUGCCAAUACUGUACACUGGCUGUGCCAUUAAUGUGACUCACAGAGAAGUAAGAGUAAGAUUAAAAAAAGAAAACAAACUAUAGUGAGUCUGGCUGCUAUCGUGGUCAUAUUUCUAACAGCAUUUUGAUGAAUUUAUCAUUGUUGUUAUUUGUUGGACUCACUCUGAAGAAUUAAUUGGAGCCAUGAAAUCCUGUCUAUCCUCAUCUGCUCAAGCUAUUCUCAUUUUUUUCUUCAACGAGGAGAUCAGGAGACUUAAGCAAAAAUGCACACAACCUUGUUUGUCUGUGUUUUCAGCCUAUUUAUGAACAUGUGAUUUUUAUUUAAACAAUUACUGAUAAUACUGUUAUUAUUGUAUUCCCCCUAUCUUAGCCAACCUAAAGUGCUGUGUCUGCAUUGCUGCUGUGUGUGUGAGUGUAUUAAUGGCGUAAACUGUUGGAUACGAGAAGGGAAAUGAGAAAAGAGAAGUGAUACUACUGAAGUGAUACUAGUGAUACUACUGUAUUCCUUGGAAAAAAAGAGAUGAAUUUACAUGAGUAACUUUUGCGAAGAAUGGUGUUGUAAUUGUGAGUUAACGGGAAAAGCAUGGAAUAUCAGGGGAGGGUUGAGGGGUUGUUUAUUUCCUAUUGUACUGUAUGUGUUGCAAAGUUUGUUAGGGAAGAAUGAAAAUAUGCUUUUGAUUAUUCUUUUUUUUCUGCAUCAGUGUACGAGAAGCAGAUAUGACACUGUGAAGACACGGGCUUGGAAAUAGUUUAAUUGUGCACUUGGAAUGCUGAAAUUCAUCACUGCUUUGUGUGUGUGUGCGUGCGUGUGUGUGUUUUUUGGACUCGAAGUGAAACAAGGUCACCUGAUGCUGUGCAUUGCAGCUAGAUGGCACUCACGUCACACACCUGCAGAGAGCACUGUAAACAAAGUGUUCCCACAAAGCAGAUAUCCACUGGGAGUGCUCGCAUAGCAUGGAAAGUUACAGUCCAGCAUCACAACAUGCUCCAGUUAUUUGUCUUAUCUGGUUUAGAUGAAGUUUCUAAACUCGUUUCUGUGGCAAUAAGAUUUUCAGGAUUUGCCCCAAAGACAGAUCUGGUUUGGCUUUUCACACCAGACACUAAAGUGAAGUUCUUCAGGUGAAAUAUGUUGUUGUUUUUCUAGUUCAUCACAUACUGUACAGGGUGGCAGCGAUGAUUUUAGAAAAGCUGAGGCUGUGAAUCCAAGACCCCUCCAACCCCUCUGACGUGUUGCCCAGUAACCAAAAAUAAAUUUAUCCACAGAUUUAAUGGGAAAAAAACUGAACUGCUUCUUUAAAUUUAACAAUUUAAAGUCUAAGAAUAUUGAAUUCAGUCUCUAUGACAUGUAAAGUUGUAAGUGUACAAUGUAUAGAUUUGCUAAAAUUCUCCAAAUUUUAAUAACCUCAGUGUCUUUAAUCAUAGCUACGGCCUGAAAGCAUACACACAGCCCACUGGGAUCCUGCCUGUAGAUUUAGAAUAAACAGAACUCACUCACAGGUUCCACUUUGAACUUUUGGUUAAUUUAGUUUCAUCUAAAAAAAAAAAAAAAAAAAGGAGUGAAAAACUGGAAAAUUAAAGUUCACAAGCCAUAAAUCCUGAGGACCCUGGAGCUGUGAGAUCUGGUUAUUCUACAUCUGUGGUUCUGUCUGUCACUGAUAUUACACUGAGUAAGAAGAACUUGCCCUGUAGUUGCUGAAAUGUGAUCAGCGUGUUUCUUAAUGGAAAUUCUGAUUACAAAUCUGUCUUCAAGGGCAACUUCAUCACAAAGGGUCCUGUUAUCAGCCGCAGGCGGCCAAAGUGGGGCCCACUCUUAUCUUGUGUUACGCUUAUUAUCACCUUGACAUAGUAAAACAUUGUGCUUGUUUAAACAAAAAAAGAAAAACAAAAUAAGAGAGAAAGAGAGAGAUAUGUGUGGUGUUCUUUUUUUAUUUGUAACUGGCUUUACAAACUUAUGCUUUAAUAAAUUAUUGAAAAUGGUCCUAUA